AGGUCAGGCAGGCGGGUCACAUGAGCGCUGCGGCCGGCCGGUUGGCCCGUGCUUGAUGGUGUUGCUACCGGUGCUGCGAGAGGGAUGGCUGCGGAGCCGCGGGAGGAGAAGCAGAAGUUGAUAGAGGAGACGAGGCAGCGUUUUACCAGCGAGUGUUUACAAGACAAGACUGAGAAAUAUGAUUCCCGAGAUGUUGAACGACUAAAACAAGAUGAUGGCUGGGUUGACAGUUAUCUGCAAUGGAGACAUAACAAUGUGGAUGACACGUUGAAAAUGAUUGAUGACAGCUUUCAAUGGAGAAAAGAAUUUUCUGUUCAUGAUUUAAGUGAGUCCAACCUUCCUCGAUGGACCUUUGAAACAGGAGCUGUUUAUCUUCAUGGAUAUGACAAAGAAGGCAACAAAAUGUUUUGGUUUCGAGUAAAAUUGCAUGUCAAGGAUGCAAAGACAGCUUUGGAUAAAAAGAAGUAUGUAGCCUUCUGGUUAGAACGUUACGCCAAAAGAGAGCAAGGAAAACCUCUAACAGUGGUGUUUGAUCUGACUGAAACUGGAUUAAGCAAUAUAGAUCUGGACUUUGUGAAGUUCAUCAUCAACUGCUUUAAGAUCUAUUAUCCUAAGUACCUUUCAAAAAUGGUCAUCUAUGAAAUGCCAUGGAUAAUGAAUGCUGCCUGGAAGAUUAUAAAAUCAUGGCUGGGACCCGAGGCUGUGAAUAUGCUGAAAUUUACCCACAAGGCUGAUGUACAGGAAUAUAUAAAUACAGAAUACUUGCCGGCGCACAUGGGAGGAAUUGAUCCUUUUAAAUAUAGCUACCCACCAUUGCCAGAUGACGACUUUCAAACACCUAUAUGUGAAAAUGGUCCAAUCCCAGGUGAAGAUGAACUGGAUGGCAAAGAGAAGGGAGAUGGAGAUAGCAAGGAAACUGUUGACGUUAACAGUAUUGAAGAGCCCUUGCACAAACAAAAAAAGGUUUCUUUUGAUGACACUGAACGUUUGGAUUUAAAGAUAAAAUCGAUGAAAAAACCACAAACAGUGUUCAGGGGAUCGUUGCUACACAUAAGUCCUGCUGAAGAUAUUCAGUUUGGUUCUAAAGAAAGUGGAGAAACUAAGUGUUUGAUAGUGCUUACCAACGUGACAAAAAACCCUGUAGCAUUUAAGGUUAGAACAACAGCUCCAGAGAAAUACAGAGUGAAACCGAGCAAUGGCAGCUUUGAACCAGGCAAUUCCCUGGAUAUUCUUGUAUCACUCCAUGGAGGUGUUGAAGCAUCUCCUCAGGAUAGGUUUCUGGUGAUGGCAGCAGAAAUGAACCAAGCUGCGGGAGGUGGUCCUCCUGAUUUGAGUCAAUUCUGGAAGGAAGUUUCUAGAGAUCUCGUGAUGGAGCACAGAUUAAGGUGCCGUGUUUUUGAAAGUCAUAAGGCUGUUGCCAAAGAGAAUUCCUUUAAAGGAUUUGCAGUUAGUUCCAGCCAAGAGGAUUUACAUUCAAAGAUGACUAAAUUAAUGGUGUCCAAUAGGCGACUGGAGGAGCAGAUCAACCGUUGCAUCUGGUUUCAACAACUAUUAACUGCCUUGGUUACGUUGUUAGUGGCUGUUAUCAGUCUGUCCCUGUAUGUCCGUUCCCCAGACAAGGACAAACAGUAACUAAUCAAGCUGCUUGAUCCACACAAGACCUUUGUAAACCAAAGUCACUGAUCUCUUUUUUUUGUUUGUUUUCAAAUUGCCAAUAUUUCAUAUAUUGGAGGUGACAGCUGACCAAUUUUUGUUUGUUGUAACUGCUGUUUUUUAAACUAUUUGAUACAAUUUGUACAUAAAAAAUUAAUUUUCAUCUCUGAAAGAUCCUGUGUAAUGAUGACUAUAUGAUGAGUCAUGAAUAAUUGUGUAAUUUGAAGUUGAUUUGUAAUAUAUCUUUGGUGCUACUAAUAGACAUUAACCAAAAUGAUUAAUUGACUGUUCUCCCUAGGAAUAUUUGGGUAAGGUUCUGGAGUCUGUUCCAUAAUCAUGGACUUCCAUGUCAAAUUGCAAUUUGGUAUUUAGUACUUGUAACAUGUUAUGAAGAAGCAUCCUUCUAGUAGUUCCUUAAUAUAUGUGCUAGAUACUGAAGUUAUAAGAACAUUGGACCACCUGGUAAAUUUAGAUUCUGGAGGGAAUAGUGGUUGUACCUGUUUAAAUGAAAUGAUGUGGCUAUCGAUGCAUCUAUAUAAUCAAAAAGAUAUUAGGAAAUAAUGUCAUUUACUAAAUAAUUGAAGUUGAGCCUGUUUGGCAGCCUUAUGAGUUUCGUCACUGUGAAUGCAGUUAUUAAAUGAAAUCUCUCAGAUUUACUAUAAGAUUGUAGUUUGCCUGAAACAUUCUCGCAGCAUUUAAUUUAGUACGCCUACAGGUCAAAUUUGUGUAAACAAGUGGAGGUUUAAUAUGCUGGGUGACUUGUAAAUUAUCAUGUUUUAUCUUGUUUUCCAUUUGGAAGGCAAUUUUUCUUGUUGAUCUAAGUCUAAUGUUGAGCACUGAAUCAAAAGAUCCUGUGCGCAGAUAGCCAUUUAUUUGAAUCCAACAGUUUACUUAGUUGAGCUUAUUUCCUUCUGGAAUAAGCACAUAGGAAGACCCAAGUGUGUCCAAAUUGAUGCAAGGGACCUCUUGAAAUGCAAGUUACCUCCAUCUUGCUUGUGCCUAAUGUGCACUUUCCUUUGAAUUUUUGAUCUGGAUUUGGAUUUUCAGUGCUUGGUGGUUUUGUGCUGACGUAGACUUGAGACUUUAGACACUCGUGUCACUGUGGAGAAAUUAGGUAUCUCAUAGAGAAACCAGAUUGCCCUAAUAACAACAGCAUCUCCUAUAGACUGGUUUCAUAGGUACACCUGAAUCCUGUUCAGAAUUUUGUGCCAUGGACAAUCAUGUACUUAAUGAACAGGUCACUUAGUGGCAAUAGACUACUUAAUACAAAUGUCAAAAUGAUCAAAAUUGAAGGUUGUAUUGCCAUAAGGAUUUCAUUUGAACUCCAUUUUAGUGCCAAGUGCAGUAAAGGAUACUUUAUGUUAGUAAAUGCAUACUGAAAAUGUUGGACCAGGUAUAGCUAUCAGCUUUAUGAAUGCAAUACAACACAUGCUUCAUUGAUACACUGAUUGUAAUUCUAAAGGGUAGCAAAUCAAAAUAGAGUGCAUUUUUAAGUUUCAAGUAGCAAUGCAUUGGAGAUAAGUUAACUAAUGUAUAAAAUGUGAAGUUAAUCACUUCAAUAAGCAAGCAAGAGCCUGACUGAAUUGUAGUGAUAGCAGUGUGGCAGUAUUCACUACUUUUUUCCAGAUAUUUUGUUUCAAAUCAAAAUAUUAUGUAGCAGUACAGCUGAAAACAAUCCUUUGGUGAUUAAUCAGCACAUUAUUUGAGGUUCAUAGUUUAAUGCAAACAGACAUAAAAGUCACAUCACUUAUGAAGCUGUAUUCGAUUUAAAAACUUCCCGUAGAAUUGUAUAAUAAUUUGUGGUAUGCUGGUGGACUGAUUAUCAAUAUAAAAAGCUGGCAAUUUAGAAUAAAAUGCACUUUAUGGUAUGAAAUUACUGAU